AAGAAAAAAAAAAAAAAAACGCAGUUACUUUUUGGCUAAGCUAACAUUUCAAAACAUUUGAUUAAUAACAAAUAUUUGAGCACCAUUCAUUGAAUAAUAUUCAGUAUUUGUUACAAACAUUGAGAACAAAUUAUCUUCGUUCCUAUAUAUAUAUAUAUAUAUCGUAAGUUUUAUUCUGUCUGAAAUUUUGUUUCUGAGACUAGUAAUGUGAGCACAUUCCGAAUUCCAAACAGAGCCUACUUUUCGAUCCCUGGUCAGAGAAGUUUCCACUCGUAGUAGCGCAUGGCAUUUGAAUUUUCGAUCCGAUGGAAACGUGUCUCGCCAGUCGACCGCGUUCAAGUCGAUGAGACACGAUCGAGAGCGACGAGCUUCAGAUAUUCACGCGCAGAACAUAUCGAACGUAAUCGGGAAAAUGCGGAAAUCCAGCGAGGCUGGAUAGUUCGAGUCGGUGGGAGCCUGCGUUGCGACUGCGGUGGGUGGUGGGAGACCACACGAGUCGAGUCUGAUAGAAUAGAAUCGUCAGGCGUACAACCAGAUCAACUCGAAAGAUCAUCAAAGCGUAGAUGAGACAUGGGCGAUAUUCUGCGAAACUGGCUGCAAGCUAGGCUAGGCAUCCUGAUCGACUUGACGCCGGAUGUGUUCGGCCACUACACCAGAGAUGGUUCGUUGCUCGCGCAGAUCCUCCACAACUACGACGUGAUCAACCGCGACCAGCUAGAGACGAUCGUCGCCACGCAGGACCCGGCCCUCUGUCGAGUGAACCUGAAGCACCUGAGGAUCUGGCUGAGGUUCGUGGGCAUCGACUUCGACGACGAGAGCAUCGACGAGAUCUCCUGCGGCAAGGGCACCACCUCGUUGCGCCUCUUCUACAAGCUGUACCUCUGCCUGGAGACCAAGGACAGACUGCACUUCGUCACGCUGCAGAAGGAGAGGCAGAGGUUGCUGCCCGGGUCGAAGAAGUUCGAGGUGACGAGAGUCUGCGAGGAUCCUCCGCCGUACCAGCCCCCGGAGCAUCCUUUGUCGGCGAAGCUCGCCAAGGGCAGGGACGUUGUCGACUGCCAUCGUGCCAAACUAUCGCCGGCGAUACUUAUGAAGUUUCGUCCAGGGCGAGAGAGACUCGAGGCUCGCCACGUGGAGCAGCAACCCGUCGUCGUCGUUGAUCGCUGUGUACCCGAGAGUGCAGAAACGUUGCUGAGGAUGAAACAAGAACAGAGCGAGGAGCUGGAUCGGUUUGCUCGUCGACACGUCGUACGACGGAGGAGGCCGAAGAAAGAUGAGCAGGAGGAUGAAAGCGCCGAGAUCGAAGAAAAGGUGGAACGGGAGAGGAGAGGGAAACGAUGCGACAGGGAGAAAGAGGACGCGAGCAGCGAGGAACUGAAAGUGAAAGCGAUGAGGAAUGACCCGGAGAUGGCCAGGUUGUACGUCGAGUGGUUGAAGAAUCGGAGAGAACGCGCGACGACCGCCGCCGCUCUGAAAUCCAACAUGCAGAAGGCUUUGCUCGCCGAGCUGUGGGAACGAAUGGCGGCGAGACAAGAUAGAACGUUCGACGAGGCGAUCGCGAGUCGCGUGCUCGACCAGUCGAGGUACGAGAAGCAGAUCGUGACGAAGCUGUGCGAGGUGCGCGAGCAGAAGAACGUGAUGGCGGAGAACCAGAAGGUCAUGGAGGACAUCACGUUAGAAGCGAAGGAGCUGGAGCACAGGGCGAACUACGAGCGUGCUCAGGACUUGAGAAGCAAACGGCAGAAGGAGAUCGAGACCGAGUGCGCGAGGGUGUGCGAGCUGCGGCGGAGACUUCGCCUGGCGAAGAUACGAAAGAUACGCGAGAAACACUGGACACUCUGCAGAGAGGUGGUCGAGGACCUGGCGACCAUCGCGUUGAACGUUGCUGAUCAUCGACGAGUGAACGACGGCCACGUUCCGUUGAUGCUCCUCAGCGAGUGGAAGACGUUGUUUCUCAAGUCUCGGCCGAUCUUCGACGAGGAGAUACCUUACGACGCACGACAGCAGCGAGAAGAGUUGGAUCUGUUGCUGAAAUCGGACGUGUGGAUGAAGAUCGGCAAGAUCGACGUGCUGCGGGACGUUCUGUUCGACGAUUAUUUGGAAACGAAGCCACCCUGGGACGAGUCGUUGCCGGAGAUCGGCGAGGAAUUGCGGGAGAUCGCGAGGCUGGGUCGCCUGGUGCUCGGGCACGUCGCGCAUCGCCUUCUCGACGGGCUGUAUGCCAAACCUUUGGACCGGUCUCAGAUUCUACUGUCGAGAUUCAAGAACCUGGCGAUUGUUCUAGGGAUUGAGAAGACCUCGGUUUACGAGCUGCUUCGAGCCGUGCUCGAUCGGUCCGGUAUUCGAACGGUGAGAAUGGAAGACGCGAUCAAUCACUGUCUCGACCGGUAUGUUGAAAAUUUUCUGACGGAUGGGUCCGAAGUACGCGCGGCAGAACCUCCGAUUCAGUGAAUGAAAGAACUUGCUUCAACGAAUUUAUUCAUUAUUCAUUCGUUGCUAAAUGUAUAUAGCCUACGCGUUAUAUACCAAAUGAUAGUGAACAGUCGUGAGUGUCGAGGAUCCAUCCGAAAUUAUCGCAACGAAUAGUCUCAACCGUUAUCGAAAAUACUCGAUCGUUAGAUACAAGCAAGAAAUGUCCGACGUUCGAUACAUCGACUCGAAUAUAAUCGCUGCAACGACGGAUGUUGUUCGAGAAUUGGAGAACGAGAAGAAACGAAUCUCAUGCGCGAGGUUCGCCAGACUGGUUAAACACUCUGACGAGGAGUCAACCUCCGUGUCGGAGGAGACGACGGGCAGGAGAAGUAAGGUUAAGAAGAAGUCGAUCGUUCCAACCAAGACCGGGGAGGAACAGGGAGAGUCGAACAUUCGCGACAAACAGACGCAAACUCCGAGGAACAUACCGUACGACGAUUUGGAUCCUGUGUUGACCGACACUGCGUGUAUUGGUAAAUGGGCCUACGAAUUCCUAACGUUGGGUGAGCCAAUCACAGAUGAUCUUGCGACUAAAAUUUUGAUCGAGUACUUGAAGAGCCUGAUGAACGCGAAAGGUUGGGUUUUAAUCGAUUAUCCGAACACUUACGAGCAAAUGUCGCGGCUGGAGACAGCACUGACAAGCUCUACUCCACCACCCGAGUCAAAGGAGCGCGAGUUGGAUGACAUUACCAUGGAGGAUAUCGAAACUUUGACACCGAGAAUCGUGUUCGAGGACAAGUCCGAUCCAUUCGCGUUAAACAGGCAGUCGAGACUAGUACCGGAGCCGAUGGCGAGACAACGCGCCGGCACCGCGAGUCGCACGUUCGCCACGCUCUUCGUUCGAGUGAAACAGCAAUCGAAACACCUCGAGACAGAGGGUCGAACUGACGAACUUUUGAAGGAGGAUGCGCCGUCGAUCGACAAGUUCUACGCGUCUCUCAAGAUCGCCCGCGUUUUCUACUACGCCAGUUUCGAUUCAGCGACGUUGAAGAAGCUGGUCAGACUCGUGAUCGGCGAUCUUCAGAGGAGAUCGUCCGAAGAAUUAUUUGGGGACGUGUUGAGCACGCUCGAGCGGGACGCGAAACACGGCGUGACUUCAUCGAAGGCAGCUGUCGUUCGACAGCUGGUAACCAAAGACAUGAUCGACGACGAUAAUGACGUUUACACGACGGAAGAGGAACCGAAGGACCUCGCGUUCGACGAUUCUCAGGUGGAAGUGGAACCACGAGAGGCCAAACCCGGCGAACCGAACUGGCGAUGGAUCGACUUCCCUUUGCCUCCUGUGUUGUUAGAGAACUCGGCGAGACUGUGGGAGAGCCUGGAAGAGACCUACAUCGACGAGUUGAAGCAACUGCUGUUCCUCAAGAGCGUUCACUCGUCGAGCGUCGCGCCGUAUGCCGACUUCGUGAAGAGGAACGCGCUGGACUUUGUCGAACGACCGGACAGCAAGCAGGAUCUGUUGCACCGGUUCCACCGAGCGUUCAACGCGAUCGACGAGGACGCUCGGCAGGACGCGGACGUCAAGUGCGAGCUGCACCGUCGCGUGGCGGAUUUUCAAACGGAGCUGUGGGAGAGCUGCGAUCGGAGGAGACGCGAGGCGGAGGACGUGCGGAAACGGCACGUCGACGAUCACUGGAUAGCUCGCGAGGCGGUGGUUUUAUACGACACGUACGUUGGUAUCGUUCAAGCGGAGAUCGAUCGAUGCGUCGACGCGACGCGUCUGCUGCACGACUACUAUCUAGGGAUGGCGAAGAGACCGCCGCGGGAAAUCGGCGUCUCGAAAGUUAUCCUAAACAGAAUUGGACUCGAGACGAGCAACGACACGGACGAUAGCGAACGGCAGAGUUCGAAGGAGCAGCCGAAUUUAAGUCACUCUUCGAAUCCUUAUAUAGCGGAUAAAUCGAUCGAGCGAAAGAAACGAGAACGAGUCAGAACCAGGGAUAAAUCGGCAACGACGACAACGUUCGCAACGCCUCCGGCUGCCCCCGAUCGCGAGUCUCUUCGUAAGGAGAUCGACGAUCUGAUGAUCGACAGACAGAAAAUCGUCGACGACGUGGAGAACGUUGGCCUGUUUCGAGGAAUCCUAGAGAACGUUCGAUACGCGAGAAGCAUCGUGGACGCGUCGCUUGCGGCAAGCAUCGAUUCGAUUAAAAGGGAGCAGAUAGCAGCUUCCGAGAAUAGAGACUCGGCCGAAGAUUCGAUCGUCGAGAAGAUGAGAUCGAGGGGGCAGGAUCUAGCGUUGGAGUGGCGGUACGCUGUCACCUACGAGACUGAAAGAGCUCGUCAGAAAUUGGACUCGAUAGAGAACGUGGCCCGACUGGAUGUUGGUUUCUUAUUGGCGACGUUGCAGAGGGCUUUCCACGGGAUUUACGACGCCAUCCUGGACAGGUUGAACAAACUUUGCUCUUUAACACGUCGAUCAUCGUCGAUGGCUCGUACUUUAACCCUUUGUUCUUCUUGUGGCAAUUUAAAAUGUCGAGUCACACUCAACAAAGGGUUAACGUACCAUAGAACGUACCAUAGAAUUGCUUUUAUGCGCGAAAUAAUAAGUACUAUAACUGUAUAAAUAAGUUGACACAUAGACGCCGCCCGGUAGAGGGAAGUUUAGAGAAGAAAUUAACCUCUUAGCUAUGCUUUUAAAAUUGAAUUAAAUUAUAAGGAAAUAACGUUAGAUGCCAUUUUGCCUCAGUCACAGUUCAGAUUUCAGUGGCAAAAUAAGCCUAAUGUUUAUCAUUGUAACUUUAAAAUUUAAAAAAAUACGGCAUCAAAAGAGUGGAAUAUAAACUCGGAAACAACAUUUGCGAAGGAUGUAGAGGCUAAUAUUGCGAUAUUGGCACUAAUGUUGACGAGGACCAAUAUUUUAGGAGAAAAUACGUAUAUUUUCGUCAUUUCAAAUCUUGUCACGCAAGCGACCAUAAGCAAGGAAAUAUUGAGAAACGAUAUAAAAAGAACUGGUCAAUCUCGAAACAUUCUAAAAUUCACAAAUACGUUUUACUAUUCCACAAAAUUGUCAUUACUUUUCCCGUAUAUACGAGUAUACACACAUCUCAACAAUAAGUCAUUCAUCAACUGAGAGGUUAACAGAGUGAGUCAACGUGUGAAUUAAUUUUACAACCGCCUGAAAAAAAAAAAAAAAAAA